AUGUCCUCGUCGGGGAAGGACGCAAACAGCGGCCAUUAUGCCAACUAUGUGGGACCGUACCGCCUGGAGAAGACGCUGGGCAAAGGACAGACAGGUCUGGUGAAGCUCGGCGUCCACUGCGUCACGUGUCAGAAAGUCGCCGUGAAGAUCGUCAACAGAGAGAAGCUCAGUGAGUCUGUUCUGAUGAAGGUGGAACGGGAAAUAGCGAUUCUCAAGCUCAUAGAACAUCCUCACGUUUUAAAGCUGCACGACGUCUACGAAAAUAAGAAAUACCUGUAUCUGGUGCUGGAACACGUGUCCGGGGGGGAACUGUUCGACUACCUGGUGAAGAAGGGUCGGUUAACGCCCAAAGAGGCCAGAAAGUUCUUCAGGCAGAUCAUCUCGGCCCUGGACUUCUGCCACAGUCACUCCAUAUGCCACAGAGAUUUGAAGCCUGAGAACUUGUUGUUAGACGAGAAGAACAACAUCAGGAUAGCGGACUUCGGCAUGGCGUCUCUGCAGGUCGGGGAGAGUCUGCUGGAGACCAGCUGUGGAUCUCCACAUUACGCCUGCCCAGAGGUGAUCAGGGGGGAGAAGUACGACGGGAGGAGAGCGGACGCCUGGAGCUGCGGAGUCAUCCUGUUUGCUCUUCUAGUGGGGGCGCUCUCCCCGUUCGACGACGACAACCUGAGGAAUCUGCUGGAGAAGGUGAAGCUGGGAGUUUUCCACAUGCCUCACUUCAUCCCUCCAGACUGUCAGAACCUUCUGCGUGGCAUGAUAGAAGUGGACGCCGGCAAGAGGCUCACGUUGGAUCAGAUCCAGAAGCACACGUGGUACCUAGCUGGAAAGAAUGAGCCGGAGCCCGAGCAGCCCGUCCCCAGGAAGGUGGCCAUCAGGACGCUGGCUGCGGCCGAGGAGAUCGACCCGGACGUCCUGGAGAGCAUGCACUCGCUGGGCUGCUUCAGGGACAAGGACAAACUGGCCAAAGACCUGCUGUCUGAGGAGGACAACCAGGAGAAGAUGAUCUACUUCCUGCUGCUGGACCGUAAGGAGCGGUACCCCAGCCAGGAGGACCAGAACCUGCCUCCGAGGAGCGAGAUCGCCGACCCACCCAGGAAGCGCGUGGACUCACCGAUGCUGAGCCGCCACGGCAAGCGGAGACCGGAGAGGAAGUCCAUGGAGGUGCUGAGCGUCACGGAGGGGGGGUCUCCUCUCCCGGUACGACGGGCCCUGGACAUGGCGGCGCACGGGCAGAGCAAAUCUGUUUUCAGUAAAAGCUUGGAUAUCACAAACGCUAACUGCAGCAAGGAGGAAAGAUCGCGGUCGAUCAGCGGAGCGUCCUCUGGUCUGUCCACCAGUCCUCUCAGCAGUCCCCGGCCCAAUCGUCGGUUUUUCAUCCCGCCCCAGUCCCCGGACCUGUGUCAGUCCCCCAACUGUAGCCCCACCCACUCCCUUGAGGUCCGCCUCAACGGGGUGGGGCCUCGCACGCCCAACUCCUACCACCCGAAGAUGGGCUCCCCCCUCAUGCACCCCCGCACCCAGACGCUCCCGGCCAAACCCAAAGUGUCUGAGAAGCCCCUGCAGACCACCAGGUCCAACCCGCUCCCCCACUCCGCCCAGACCCCCCCCACCCCCAAAUCUGAGCCCUCCACGCCCUGCCAGCCGCUGGCGCCCUGCAUCACCAACAGCCCCCGGGUGAGACGCCACCCCCCCCUGACCGUGCCCCCGAAACUCUCCAUCCCCCUCUCCCUCUCCCCCGUGCCUCCCAUGUCUCCCCUCCGCCGCCACCACCUCCACCCUGACCACAACGGCAAAUCUGUCCCCAUCACGCAGGUGACCCCUCACCCCUCCCCGAGAGGCAGCCCUCUCCCCACCCCCAGAGGCACCCCGGUGCACACGCCCAAGGACAGCCCGGCCGGCACGCCCAGCCCCACCCCCCCGCCCAGCCCCUCCAUCGGCGGCAUGCCGUGGAGGACGCGCCUCAACUCCAUCAAGAACAGUUUCCUGGGCUCGCCGCGCUUCCACCGCAGGAAAAUGCAAGUGCCCACCCAGGAGGACAUGUCCAGUCUGACCCCCGACUCGUCUCCAGAACUGGCGAAGAAGUCGUGGUUUGGUAACUUCAUCAACCUGGAGAAAGAGGAGCAGAUCUUCAUCGUCAUCAGAGACAAACCUCUCAACUCCAUAAAGGCCGACAUCGUCCACGCCUUCCUCUCCAUCCCGAGUCUCAGCCACAGCGUCAUCUCUCAGACCAGUUUUCGGGCAGAGUACAAGUCCACCGCCGGGCCCACAGUUUUCCAGAAGCCUGUGAAGUUCCAGGUGGACAUCACCUACACCGAGAACUCCGGCGCCACCAAGGAGAUCGGAAUCUACUCCGUCACCUUCACUCUGCUCUCAGGUCCCAGUCGACGUUUUAAACGUGUGGUUGAGACCAUCCAGGCUCAGCUGCUCAGCUCCAGCGACCAGCCGGGCGUCCAGCCGCAGAUAUCCGGCAGCCCGUUGAGUAACUUCUUUGACGUAAUUAAACAGCUUUUUUCAGACGAGAAGAACAUCCAAGCGUCGCACCCCCCCGGCUCCCCCGCCACGCCUAGCUCCCCCGCCAAGCAUGCCCCCGGCAGCAAGCCCAACCAGCCCCCGCCCAGUGACUCUAAAUGCCCCCCCGGCAAAGACAAAACAAAGGCGGCCGCCGGCAACAGGACACAGGAGCAACCUUAA